UUCAAUGUCAUCUGUCAAAACGUUGGUCAGACAGACCGAGUGUAUGGCAGAGAGGAGUGUAAAGUCAUUUAGCUAGGACAGCUCAUGGAUGUCGUGUAGCUAGCUAACUCUAACGGCCGCAGAUAUAUCAACAAAUAUAUAUUAUCUAGCAAGUUUAUAGCACAUUUGCCUUGCUAGGACUAAACAAAAACUUUAGCCAGCUAUAGUAGCUAGCUAAGUGGCAAGCGACGUAGCUAGCUUACUAGCUACAGUAGUUAGCUGGCUUCCCGCGCUAGCUGUGUAAUUUACGACGUGUUGUAUCAAGUUGUGUCGGUGUCAAACGAAUCUGUUUCAAAAAGUAUCUAAUAAUAGUUAAUUGACAUAUCACUGCCUCCUGAAUCGCAAACUUGUGCUGAAGACUGGUUAUGGACUUUCUUGCUGGCUGCAUUGGAGGUGCUGCCGGAGUCUUAGUAGGACACCCGUUUGACACAGUUAAGGUGAGACUCCAGGUCCAGAAUGUGGACAAGCCUCUUUACCGCGGGACCUACCACUGUUUCCAGUCCAUCGUACGGCAGGAGUCGAUGUUUGGGCUGUACAAAGGCAUCGGCUCCCCCAUGAUGGGCUUAACCUUCAUCAAUGCCAUAGUGUUUGGAGUGCAUGGCAACACCAUGCGUUACCUGGGCCAUGACACCCCAAUGAACCAGUUCCUGGCUGGGGCUGCAGCCGGGGCCAUACAGUGUGUCAUCUGCUGCCCCAUGGAGCUGGCCAAGACACGCAUGCAGAUGCAAGGCACUGGGGAGAAGAAGUCCAAGAGGAAGCUGUACAAGAACUCCCUGGACUGCCUGGCCAGUAUCUACAAGCGGGAGGGGCUGCUGGGGGUGAACCGCGGCAUGGUCACCACGCUGAUCCGAGAGACCCCCUGCUUUGGAGUCUACUUCCUGACCUACGACUUUCUGACCCGCUCCAUUGGCUGCGAGCCCGGCGAACCUUACAUGAUCCCCAAGCUGCUAUUUGCCGGCGGGAUGUCCGGGGUCACCUGCUGGCUGUCCACCUAUCCUGUGGACGUGAUUAAGUCCCGCUUCCAGGCGGACGGGAUGGGCGGAGUCUACCAGUACAGCAGCAUCGCUGACUGCGUGCGGCAGAGUGUGAGAAGGGAGGGGCUCAGAGUGUUCACGCGAGGUCUCACCUCCACCCUGCUCAGGGCGUUUCCCGUCAACGCUGUCACCUUCGCCACAGUCACUCUGGUGCUGAUGUACGCACGGGGGGUGGAGGAGGGGCCCAAGGACUGUGAACCGGCGUCCCCCGGCACAGCUCACCACACACAGCUACAGCAGCAGGCCCAAGCCUCCAGCCUGUGACCUGAGUCUGGAGGUGUUACUCCCACCUGAGCUGCUCUACUGUGGGGUGGGGGAGGGAGGGAAACCAAUAGGGGCCCAAUGCCCUUUGAAUCUCUGAGUAUGGAAACACAUAGACUCCUGAUUCAGCUAUUUGUAUAUCUAUAGAUAUGCUGUGUCGCCACUUGACUUGUAAAUAUAAUUUACUUAUAAUUUACUCGAAGCACUGAUAAUGUUGGAAGAUGAGAUAAAGAAAGAAAACCAAAAUGGUUAUGGUUAGGUCGCUGGUACUAACUGGUACGACCACAAGUCUACUAACUAGGACUGUAAUCAAAUCAAAUGUUAUUUGUCACAUGCUUCGUAGACAACAGGUUUAGACUAACAGUGAAAUGCUUACUUACGGGUCCUUUUCCAACAAUGCUGAGUUAAAGAUAAGAUAUAUAUUUUUAAUAUAGAAUACAAAUAGCGACAUGGGGAAUAAAUACACAGUGAAUAACAAAUACAAAUAAAGAGUUAAAAUAACAUGGCUGUAUACAGG